AUGGCCACAGUGCAAGUGUCCGCUGCAUCGAGUCUGUCCACCUCGUCGUCGACCAGCGGCUUGAAUGGCUGGUAUCCCUGUUCGGAGUCGACCUUUUUAGACGAAGAAGGAUCUGCUAACCAGGAUGCCGAGUGCGCCGUGUACACUGCGCCGCUGUGCUAUCCGGAGAUCUGCGAGAAUCCAGAAUCCGUCGCCAGUACGACGGUCGACAUCUUUGUGAAGCGAGUUCCUGCUCUCAACGACUCGGACACUGCGAGAAACGUGUGGAUCUUGCAAGGUGGACCUGGUGCUUCCUCCACAGCCAGUACGUGCUUCCGAUGCGAAUCCAUUAGAAAAAAAUCUGCUUUGCGUUCUGAUGAUAAUAUCUGUAUUUGUGCAGUGGAAUCGACAAUGGUGGAGCUACACGCUCGAAUGGAUGGGGCAGUGAACGUUUACACCAUGGACCACCGAGGUACUGGUCGUAGUACUCUGUUGGACUGUGUUGCAGCACAGGCAACUACGACGGGGUCUCCGUGGGGCAGUGGCGUUGACACAACAGAAGUCCCUGCAUGCGCUCAAGCCCUGAAAAAGAAAUACGGAAAUCUGUCGUCAUUCUCCAUGACAAGUGCAGCGAUGGACAUGGCCACGUUCAUUUCCGACUACUCGAAUGGAGCUGACACUAUUGUGUAUGCAGUCAGCUACAGUACUGCGUUGGUAGAGCGUCUGAUUCAUCUGGACCCACCUGAAGUGACGGGGUAUGUGCUGGAUGGAGUGGCCACGAGUUCCGGAUCUGCUAAGGCACUCGAGUACUUUUCAACGUGGGAUUCUGAUUUUGGCGACGUUGGCGACGCGUUCUUGGCGCUCUGUGAGACUCAAAGCGAAUGCAGCGACAAAUUCGCGGCUACGGAUCUUCCUUCCACUCUUCAGAACUUACUCACGGAUUUCGACAACAAUCCAAACUCAACGUGUGCGGCUCUGGUAAGCAACGUCAACAGCGAGGAGAGCAGCGACCCUGCAUCGUACACAGUGCGAGGCGCACUGGGGUCUCUGCUUAUGAGCGCAAACAUGCGAACGCUCAUCCCACCACUUGUCUACCGAUUGAACCGCUGUGCGUCCGAAGACAUAGACGUGUUGACGCACUUCUUCGCGGCUUUGAGCACUGACGAGAAUUCCCCAGACGAGGAGAGCGCGUUUGAGUCGACGUUGCUCUAUUACCUCAUCGUCUUCUCCGAGAUGUGGGAGACCCCGCAAGUCUCCGCUUUAGAAAUGCUCGAGAGAUUCACCAACUCAACUAUCUCAAAUGGUGGCACGUACUUGGAAAUCCCUCAGUAUUGUGCCUUCUCGAAAGAAAACUCGACGGUAUGCAAGGAACUGGAUGUCGGCUCCUACGAGGCUGAUGGGAUUAUCUACGAGCGUGACGAAUACUGGAACAAAAGUGCCACAAUUCCAACUCAAGCAAGUGUGCUACUGUUGAGUAGUAAACUGGACCCACAGACCCCGCACAAGUACGCCGAGUACUUGCUGGAAGCUCUGGAAGGGAGCAAGAAAGACUUGAUCACGUUCGAGUACGCUACACACGGGACAUUGUGGACGACGCCGAUGAGCGACGACGACGAGAGUGAGAUGUGCGGUAUGAAGCUGCUGCUGUCGUAUGUGCGCAACAAUGGGGACCUGGAUGGCCUCGACAAGUCGUGUGUUGGUGAGAUGCCAGCGCUCAACUUGACAGUACCGAUUGGAUAUUUGCAUUAUUUCUUGAGCACGGAUGAGGCCUACGACGGUACCUAUGACGCAAGUUUGAGCUCUAGUGGAUCAUCCAGUGGCGGAUCCGCAUCCAGCAGCAGCAGCAGCUCCAGGUACAAGGCCGUCUUCAUUGUUUUCCUAGUACUCUUCGUCGUGGCGCUGGGAACUGCUGGUUUCUUCUGCCACCGGUGGCACAAAGCCAAGCUCCAGAGCAGAGAACAACUUUCCGCCGACAAAUUCGUCGAGAUUUCAACGCCAAUAGCAGUUGAACAGUAG